AUGUGAACUCAGCUGCUCAUCUAUUCGCUUAGCUAUGUAUGCUGGCGGACGCGAGGCAUAGAGUAUUUAACCUCGCAUCCGGAUCCCUUCAAUACUCACACUGUCGUUUUCAUUGCCAAUGGCGCUGGCGAAAGCGACUCUCAACCAACGCGCAACUUUUGGGGACGACCUCUCGGAACUGACAACUGUUUUUGUCCCCUCAUGUCCCAUUACAUGGUUAUUGACCGCGACAAAAUUACCGUCGCAAUUUCCCGCCUUUCCUCCCAUAGGUCCUGCUUCGUGCGAUCCUCCAGCAUGGACAAAUUACCUCGCGCAGAGGGGAUUCGGAUAUUACUCACCAGCUAUUUGCCCAAACGGUUUCUCCGUUGCCUGCACCGUCAACGAUGAAAGGAGUAGCGAAGGGUUUCCCGCCAUAAAGGCAGGUGAAACUGCAAUGUAUUGUGUACCGAGUGGAUUUACAUGCACAUCAGACACUACUGAUUUCCGUGGUGGGAUUUGGGGGUUUACCAGAACGGCAUCGACAACUGGUGCUUCUGUUACUGUAGGCCCCGCAAUACAGAUUCGUUGGCGUCAAGAAGACUUGAGCAAUCUUGCUACAGAUCCCUUGAUUCCUGGUCCAUUGCCAACUAGGGUCGGCUCAAGCCAGAUUGGGAUUACCACCACGACGACGGAACAAGAGCCUGAUCCUAUUACAACAAGCUCCAGGUCUAGUGCGUCGCCGGCUAGUUCAACUGCGACCCCUAAUAAGACAGAUGUAUCGACAAGUACGACACCAACUCCGUCAUUCAACCCGGUGGACACCAGCACAUCUACCCUGUCCGAAGUUACACCUACUACAAGUAGUGGAAGUGCUUCAAAUCAGACAUCUUCAGGAUCUAGUGCGCCUAGCAUUGCGUCAAGUACUAGCAUAGCAGCUAUGGCACUUUCGGGGACCUUGAUAGCCAUCAUAUUAGGGAUACUAGCGGUUACAGUUUACCGUCGAUAUCGCCGAUAUCGUGCUGGGGAGAUACAGUCACUCCUUCCCUUGAGAGCCCGGAAUUGGUUCAAUCAAUUUGUAGGAAAAUACCUUAGCUGGUUUCCUUCACGUCGGAAUGGCUCGAGCUAUCCAACAAAGAAGCCAGACGCUGAACUAGAAGCCAGUGGCCCAACACCUGAGCUGGGGGGUGGGGAUAUGUUAGGAACGAAGGAGAACCCGGCGGAGCUGGCUGGAAGUAGUGUACGGAAUAGUUGGAUGUCACAAGUAUCACGGAUCUUUACGAUAAAAUCGAAAAAGGAUGUGUCGUCGGUUUGAUGGCGAUACAUACUCCGAAGAAAGGUUUUUGUUCUUUUGGUGGGUAAAUAGAGUCAAAACACGGGAAAUGAUACCUAGGUGCUUGUAUGUUAUUAGAACUUUGCACGAGUAGGAUCUCAAUACAGGGGGAAUAUACAUGUAUUACUACUCAAUCG